AUGUGUGGCGAGAAAAGAGGAAAUGCAAGUAGCCGUAUAACGGAAGUGGUUCUGCCCUGAGAUAUACACGCCGAGCGCGACUGGAGGACGGAAGCAUUACAACGUCUAACAGAGAGUUGAGAAUAAUCAGGAUUAAAAGUCGCCAAUAUUUCUCGAAAUGGAUAAGAACGACCUGGUACAAAAUGCCAAGCUUGCCGAGCAGGCUGAGCGUUAUGAUGAUAUGGCAGCUGCCAUGAAAAGUGUGACAGAGCAAAGCACAGAGCUGUCAAAUGAGGAGCGCAAUCUUCUCUCUGUUGCCUACAAGAAUGUGGUCGGGGCGCGCCGCUCAUCCUGGCGCGUCAUCUCCAGCAUUGAGCAGAAGAUUGAAGGGAAUGACAAGAAGAAGCAGAUGGCUCGCGAGUAUCGGGAGAAGAUCGAAUCUGAGCUGCAGGAAAUCUGCCAUGAUGUGCUGGGGCUACUGGACAAGUACCUUAUUGUUAAUGCAGGAAGUUCUGAAGGCAAGGUGUUCUAUCUGAAAAUGAAAGGCGACUAUUAUAGAUACCUCUCGGAGGUUGCAUCCGGAGAUGCUAAGAAGGAUACCGUGGAUAAUUCCCAGCAAGCAUACCAGCAGGCUUUCGACAUUAGCAAGGGGGAUAUGCAGCCAACACACCCCAUUAGGCUUGGACUGGCCCUCAACUUCUCUGUAUUCUAUUAUGAGAUCCAGAACAACCCAGAAAAGGCCUGCAGUCUGGCAAAGACGGCAUUUGAUGAAGCCAUCGCUGAGCUUGACACUUUGAACGAGGACUCUUAUAAAGACAGCACCCUGAUCAUGCAGCUUCUAAGGGACAACUUGACUCUGUGGACAUCAGAAAACCAGGGCGACGAAGGGGAGACCGGAGAAGGGGAAAACUAAAGGAAAUAGCACUGUUAAUCCACCUACACUCUUAUCUUAAAACACAAGACAGCUUAUAUACAUCCCCCCCUCCCUCCACUCCAUCAGCCCCUCCCUCUUCUGUAUGACAAGCAGCCUGAAUUGCUCCUGACCAACUAGUUUAUCCCUCUCAGGUCACUGUGAGGUGACAGGGUCAUUUUCAGUUGUUAGUACGUUCAGUCACUUUGUAGAAACGUGUCUUGUUUUCGUUAGCUCUGUGUGUGUGUAUGCACGUUUGUGGGGAGUGAGCGAGCGAGUGAGAGUAAAAGAUAUUUUGUGUGUGUGCGCGCACCUGUGUGAGAGAAAUCUUUUGGGGGGGCCUUCCAAAUUCCUUUGUCCCGGCUAGUUUGUGGCUCAUUUUCUCUCCCCCCUUCUUUUUUGUUACUUUUAUUAUUGUGAAUCAACAUGGUAUUUACAGGCUUUAUUGUAUGGGUUUUAUUUGUAUGGUAAUUAAACUGGCAAACACUGUGAUGGUAGGUGUUCCAUUUGCUUCACAACCCAAAAAGCAGUUUGUGUUUCGACUUUUCUGGAAACGUACAAUCCUGUAUUCUACUUAUUGCAAUUCUGCUGUGGGCUCAUACAGAAAGGAGGCAGGCUGUAUUGUGACACUGACAUAUUGAGUGUAGUGCGCCUCGAACAUGUUCACAAAUUAAAGGGGCCCCUUAAAUGAUCAUGGUUCAUAUAGUUUAAGCAUUCACAUUGCAAGCCCCCCACGCCCUCCCAGAAAAGCAUUACCACGCCCACCUUUCAGAAACUUUGGUGUAGAUUGACUUUUUAGUUUGACUAACUUUUCAAGUGAUGCUCAAUGUGUCCUGUGGCUGCAGAUAAUUUUGCAAAAUCGACCAUCAACUGUAUGUAAUCCAUAAAGAAAACUCAAGUUGUUUACACAUGUAUGACCCCGCUGUAUCAAAUCUUGCUUGCAAAAAAUCCCUCUUAAAGUGGUUGUUUUCCCAACAACAAAUCUUUGUGUCUGGCCUAUGCUCUUUAUUCUAUUUUCCCAUUGGUGUUAACAAAUACGAGUUGAGAUCAGGCAACCUUAUCCAGGGUUUGCUCUGAUGGAAUGAUCACCUCCUAAAUCAUGCGAAGGUGCCAUUUCAUCUCAUUUGAAAGAAGCUCAGUGUCACAAUACUGUGUAUCACCACUACAUUCCACAUGUUGUAGUUGAAGACACCAUUCCACGUUAUUACGCUGUUUCUUCUGACAAUGCUCCAAGGAAUUGAAAUGUUUUGUUCAUUAAAAAAAAAAAGGAAAUUUCAUUAUGCUUGAUGAAAAUGCAGUUAGUGAAUGUGGAACGAAGCCUGUCUGUAUAUCUGGUAUUUACUUGCUUUGUUUUUACUGACAACAAGUCUUAUGGCUAAAAUUGCUUCUGUAACAGUCUAUUACCCAGUGCACACACGUGGUUGUGAAAAUUUAGAAUAGUUCUAAAAUGCAAUGAUGACUUGGAGAUAAACAAUGGUUGGUGUAACUCUAGCUUUGUGUUUAUGUAUCUUAAAACCAUUCUAGUUUCACUAUACAUGUAAUACAUAGGAACGUGUCAAAGACCAUUCAGUGAAAUAAAGUUUCGUUUAAGAUAAA